CGUUGCGGCGUGCCAACGCGUAUAUAUCGUUAGAAUAUCAGCUGGAGCUGAGUAGCCCAACUACAACCAACCAACCUACAUACACACACACACACAUACAUACAUAUCUCCAAUUUUACAACUGGCAGCGCGAUUAGUUGCCCAAUUAAUCGCGUAUUUAAUUCUAACAUGAAGCUACCUGGUAACAGAACAAGUUUCGCGGCGCUGCUGCUGCUCUGCCUGCUGAGCUGCGUCUCGGCCUACAAUUAUCUGGUGGUGCUGCACACGGCAGCCCGCUCCCACUACCACGUGGGAUCGGCCCUGGCCAAAGGUCUGGCUGCAGCGGGCCAUCAGGUGACCAUCGUCUCGCCCUUUGAACUGAAGAAGCCCAUCAAGAAUAUUAAGGAUGUGAGUGUGCCUGGCAUACUGGCUGCCAUGCAGGGCAAUAUAGCCAACCUUUUAACCAGUUCGAAGGAACCGAUUGUUAAGCAAAUUGUCAACUUCCAUCACAUGGGCCUGAACAUCACCGAUUAUCUGCUGAGCCAGCCGGCUGUGGUCGAACUGAUCAACUCCAAGCAGACCUUUGAUGCCGUCAUCACCGAAGUAUUCCUCAACGAGGCACAUUUCGGAUUUGCGGAGCAUUUCAAUGCACCGCUCAUCGGACUGGGCACCUUCGGCGCCAUCAGCUGGAACACAGAUCUGGUUGGAACACCCUCACCGCCCUCCUAUGUGCCGCAUGCGCUGCUCAAGUUCUCCGAUCACAUGUCGCUGGUGGAGCGUGUGGCCAAUCUGGCGUUCGUGACGUACGAGUAUCUCUUCCUGAACUUCUACUACCUGCCCCACCAGGAGGCCAUCUACAGGAAACACUUCCCCAACAACAAGCAGGACUUCUACCAGAUGCGCAAGGACACAGCUCUGGUGCUGCUCAACCAGCACGUCUCCCUGAGCUUCCCCCGUCCCUACUCGCCCAACAUGAUCGAGGUGGGCGGCAUGCACAUCAACCGCAAGCGUCAGCCCCUGCCCAAGGACAUUGAGGAGUUCAUCGUGGGUGCCAAGCAGGGCGUCAUCUACUUCUCGAUGGGCUCCAACCUGAAGAGCAAAGAUUUGCCCCUGGAGAAGCGUCAGGCGCUGUUGGACACCUUUUCCCAGCUGAAGCAGCGGGUGCUGUGGAAGUUCGAGGACACGGAGCUGCCCGGCAAGCCGAAGAAUGUCUUCAUCUCGGACUGGUUCCCGCAGGACGACAUCCUGGCCCACGACAAUGUGAUUGCCUUCAUCACCCACGGUGGCCUGCUGAGCACCACGGAAUCGAUCUACCACCGCAAGCCCUUCGUCGGCAUCCCCAUCUUCGGCGAUCAGUUCCUCAAUAUGGCGCGGGCCGAGCAGAAUGGCUACGGUGUCACCGUGAACUAUGAAGAGCUGACAGCUCCCAGGCUGCUGGCAGCCAUUGAGCGACUCAUCCACGAUCCAGAGGCCAGCAAGAAGGUGCAGGACAUGUCCGAUCGCUAUCGCGAUCAGCAGCAGACGCCCCUGGAGCGGGCCAUCUUCUGGGUGGAGCAUGUGACGCGGCACAAGGGCGCCAAGUAUCUGAGGAGUGCCUCACAGGAUCUGAACUUCAUUCAGUACCACAGUCUGGACGCCAUUGUAAUUCUGUAUGGCGGCAUUAUCCUCGCUUUCUACCUUCUGUUUGCGUUGAUUCGUCUUCUGCUGCGCUCCCUGCAGGAAUGCUGUGCCGGCAGGUCGGAGGCCAAGUCAAAGUCAAAGCCAAAGGCUAAACGAAAUUAGAGUACGCACUGUCCGUCCCCAGCCAGUAUAGAUUUCAAAAGAGGCUCGGCUCAAUUUUAUGUGUGCUCUGCUCUGCUCUGGAAUUUUUCCUGUAAUUUUAAAUAUUUUUGUACGCAUUGUGAACAUUUUUAAGCCAUUAAGAGAUGCUAUAGAAACGAAUAUUACGGCUCAAUAAAGGUGCUAAGAACUUGUUUGUGAAUGCA